AUGCUCACCCGCGCCUUUCUUCUCCCCGCCCUCAUCCUGUGGCUGGUGGGUGCCGCCCUGGCCGUAACGCCAGCUCUCCUCUAUCGAGGCGAGCUCCGCUCUCCCGCAAAGGUCAAAGCGGAUGGCGGCUUCAAGGCCCUCGGCUCCAACAGGGGCUCGAUUGAGACACGCCGCUGCGUACAUUCUCAGAACCAGGCCAGCUUCUCGGCCGACAUCAAGGCGAAGAUUCAGAACGAGGGGGGCAACUGGAGCAGGGAUGAUCUCGAGUGGUUGACUGCGAGCACUGUCCCCUACACUUCCAUCAUCGCUUGGAAGAGGGUCAUCGGUAACGUUGACGGUGAUUGGGAGAAGAACCCGGAUUAUACUGGGUGUGUGGCCGUGGACGGUCUGCAGAGGCGGGACCUGGGCGGUGCUUGUGCCACGCGGCCGCCUGCUGCCAAAACGCCCGCUACUAAGCAGUCUAUUGCUAAACAGCAGCCGACUCGGCAGCAGUCUACCACUAAGCAGCAGCCUACCCGCCAGCAAUCUACCCGGCGGGGAACGACCCAACGGCGGCCUGCUAUCCGCCAGCAGCGCCGCAGGUAA